UGUGCUGUGAAUAUAAAGCGCUGCCCUCCCUGCGCCUGCCCUCACUAGACCGUCCAUUGUAGUUUACUGGAGAGCGGAGCCUUUGCAGCCUUGAGGAAUGGAAGACAGCAUGGAUAUGGACAACAUGGCUCCUCUGCGCCCACAGAACUUCCUUUUCGGGUGUGAACUCAAGGCAGAUAAAAAGGAAUAUACAUUUAAAUUGGAUGAUGAUGAAAGUGAACACCAGUUAUCUCUGAGAACGGUUAGUUUAGGUGCUGGUGCUAAAGAUGAACUACAUAUUGUUGAAGCUGAAGGCAUGAACUAUGAAGGAAAACAGCUAAAGAUCACUCUUGCGUCCCUGAGACCAUCUGUACAGCCCACAGUUUCACUUGGUGGGUUUGAAAUUACUCCACCUGUGACUUUGCGGUUAAAGUCUGGAUCUGGUCCUGUAUAUGUUAGUGGGCAGCAUCUUGUUGCUUUAGAAGACAUGGGCUCAUCAGAUGAGGAGGAAGAGGAGGAGGAUGAAGAGGAAGAAAGCACCGAAACAAAGAAUGCAAAAAGACCUGCUACUUCCACAUCUAAGGUUCCACAGAAAAAGGCAAAGUUAGAAGAAGAAGAAGAGGAGGAGGAUGAUGACGACGAUGAUGAUGAUGAAGACGACGAGGAUGACGACGAGGAUGAUGAUGACGAUGAGGAUGACGACGAUGAGGAGGAAGAAACGCCAGUUAAAAAGCCUGCUCCAGUAGCAAAAGUGAAAUCUGCUCAAAAGUCCAGCCACAAUGGAAAGGCCUCUCAACCUUCCACUCCUGCCAAACCACCAAAAACACCAGAACAAAAAGGGAAACAAGAUGGCAAACAACAAACUCCAAAGACCCCCAAAACACCCCUUACUUAUGAACAGAUAAAGGAAAAAAUGCAGGCUACAUUUGACAAGGGUGUGUCUCUUCCAAAAGCUGAGCCAAAGUUUACGAAUUAUGUGAAGAAUUGUUUCAGAGCGGAGAAUAAGAAGAUGAUUGAUGAACUUUGGAAUUGGAGAAAGACCCUGAAAGAUAUAAAAUAAUUCACAUUUCUCCCCUUCCUUAUUUUAUAUUUUUAUGUUAACAUUUUUUUCUGUCUGGAAUGUCUUCAUCCUGUUUUGUACACCUCACUCUUCUAGAGAAGUCGUGAUUUAUUGGCCAGGUCAUCAAUGUAAAUGAAAUAAAACUAUUUUACUUGA